UAACUAGUUAUGGCAAGGCCGACAUCAGAAGAUCUCCGUAAUGCUCAACAAUAUGCAAAUCAAAGAAUAAAGCUGCUUUAUAUAAAAAAAAUGUUUAAUAAAUUCCCUCAUAUAACUUCAUGGUUAGAGUACAAAGUAUCAAGAGCUAAUCCAAAAUCUGACUACAAUUAUCCAGAAAAAUUUAAACCACGAGCAAUUUUUGUAGAAACUAAAAUCACUAAAAAAUUAUGUGAAGGUAAACUUUCAUGUAAUCAAUUUACCGGAAUACCUAAGAACGAUGGAAUUUGUGAGGUGAAUCAAGAAGCAGCCAACUAUCGAGUUGGUGACGGAGGAAAAGUAGGAGAACAGAGAGCAGGGAUUCAUUAUGACGUCCACUGUCAACCUGCAUGUUAUCACUUAAAAGAAAGAACGGGUCCUAAUGAUAAGGACGUUCAUUCCUUUCCAUUACGGUAUUUUAAUAACCAAUGCACUAUAAUCAAUCCCGCAUUGUUAAAGUGGAUGGAAUUCCCUUACUUCCGGUCAGAAACAAUUUACGAACAUCGUGUUAAUGACUUACCAGCUGGGUUCAAUCGAUCUAUUGCUCCAAGUUCACUUACAACAUCUGGAUUAAAUUAUGAGUAUAAUAAAAUUUAUUGUGAUUCAUUCUUUGACAAAUUUGAUGACGUUAAGAAAAAUUGCUCUACUCCUUGGUACGAAAUAAUUGGCAAUGCUAUUGUUGGUGAAUAUAUUAUCAAGCUUUGUAAAGCAGCACAUCGUGCUCAAAUAAAUGGAAAUUGGAAUGACUUGCCCCCAACAGCUGAUCUCCCAACUGUGCCUACCCUAGAUCCCAAAAAGAAGAUGAAGCUUAGAGAUUGGUACAAUGAUAUUAAUUUAAGUUUCAAAUGUCCAGAUCCUGAAAUGAAUUUAGCUGAGGAUACUCCAAAACAUCCACUAAACAGAGAAAAAAAACUUGAGGAAUUAAAAACGAUUGAAGAUUCACUAAAAAAGCCACUAGUCUCUGUAGGCGAAUGGCAUGAAAUAAAAACUGAAAAACUCACCAAGAAUAUAAAAAGUCAUCGAACCCGAAGGCAAGCAAAAAUUCCAACAGAUUCUUCUAUUGCAAAAGACCCAUUCCUUAAAAUCUUCAUGAACUUUGCAAAAAUGUUUCUCGAUCCAAAUAUGUACAGAGAUUUAGCUAUUUUCAUUGGUACUCAAUCUCUUGCCAAAAUGCUCAAAAAACUCGAGAUUUACAUGACCAAAGAAUUAGGUCCAAAAUUAUUUGCUCAAUUUAUGGAAACCAAACUGAUGACAAGCAUCUUUGGUGAAGUAAUAAAAGGAACAAUAGAACAUAUAUCAACAUCACUUGUUACCAAAGUUUGUUUUGAGUUUGCUUCUAGAAUAGCUUUCCUUUUAAAUCCAUUGACCGCAAUGUUUGAUUGGGCCCUGGUAUUAACUAUGAUGAUGGACAUGAUUUUAACUUUCGUGGAUCCAUUGAACCUGAACAAAAAAUAUCCAGAAGGUUAUUUAGAAAAUUUAAUUAUUUCAAGUGAACAUACAUUAAAAAAACAGCUAAACAUGACUGAACCGGUCAUUAAAUUUGAAAUAUUCGUGCAAAUGCUAUUGACACAGGAAGAAGUUGGAGAGAUAUCUCUACACUCUUGGAGAUAUAUUAAUGAAUAUUUGGCAGCAUUAGACUACAAUUCUGAAGGUUCUAUAAUUAUUCAUGAUGAGGAGAAAGAUGCUCAUGAAGUAAUCACUCAUUAUUAUGAAAAUAAUCAAGACGAGAUUGAAAAAGUUCAUUUAUUUACUGAAAAUGAUAUAGAAUUGUACGAACAUGAUCACAUGUGUCGUAUGAAAUUGAUAGAUAAGGUUAAAAGAGCAUAUUGGCUUAGUGGUAUUGGACUAAUAGCAGCUAUUAUUAAAGAAAAUAUCAUUAUUUCAUACGUUUUAGUUAUUCUCACAAGUAUUUUAGUUUAUAUACAGUAUUUAGUAGCAGAAAUAAAAGAUUUCACUGACAUUGAGUUUUAUUUCCAAUGGAUUUAA